AUGGACUUUUCAGAGGAAUGGAAAUUCCUAUGGCGAGUUGCUGAAGUAUACUCCUCACCGGCUCUAGCUGACCAGUACCUUCCGCCACCAAAACGACCCCGUCAUGAAUUCCCAGAAGAAAAGGAGGAAGGAAACUGUGAAGACAUUGGCCCUGUUAUCUUUGCCCCAUGUCCCGAAACUCUUGUCCGUCUUAUCUCUUCACCCUCUUUAGCCCCUCGCCUUCCACAGCCUUAUCCUAGAUUAUCGCUCCAUAGAUUCCUUAAGACCUCUACCUCUUCCUUGCUUUAUUCUGAUGCUUCCACCAUUGCCUCUGAAUUAGGCCCUCAAGAAGGACUCGAUUUUUCUUACAGUUACUUGCAUGGUUUUAAUUCCCUCCAGUUGCUCACUUACAAGUGUGGCACCAGUGAUGAAAGUUUUUAUUUGGCUUUUUUCCCAACUGGUGAGAAUUGUGAUGAAGUUGGAUUUCUUAAGUUUUGCAUUAAGGAUUCCAAAAUGGGAUUUGGUUCAGGUUGUGAAUACCAAAGAGUGUUAACCACUGGCGAUAGAUUAAAAUCUCGAAUUCUGAAGUUGCUGGUGAACCCUGUUUCUGAUUAUGAUGACUUUUCAACAGUUUGCUCUGCCACUUCAUCUUCAGCGAGUUCUGUUGCCAUUAUCGGCUAUGCAAUGGCCUGUACCAUGUAUUCUGUGCAUUGGUAUACGGUGAAGUUAAGGUCUGAUGGUUUUGGGGGACGGAGCGUGAAGGUAGAAUAUUUAGGUCGUAAUUUUUUCAGGAGUUUUGCAGUUAUUCAUGCCUGUUGGAGUCCACAUUUAAAUGAAGAGUGUGCAAUCUUGUUGGAGUCUGGUGAAGUGUUCUUGUUUGACGUUGGUUCUCACAAUGAGGUAAAAAAAAGGAAGCUGAAGAUUUUGUGGGGUGGUACAAAUUUGAAGGAUACUGGCCGUGGUUGCUGGUUUGCUAUUGAAUUUAGCUGGCAUCCAAGAAUCCUAAUAGUUGGUCAUGUGAGUGCCAUUUUUGUCAUUGACGCAAGGUCAAAUGGAUGCAGUGUUAGCUGUUUACUGAAGAUUGAGAUGCUGUCGCCUAAAAUUGAUAGAUUCCUCACACUCUGUCGAGCUGGUGGUUCCGAUGGAUUCAACUUUUGUGUAGCUUCUAGAAGGUUUCUUGUGCUUUGUGAUGUGAGGCAGCCAUUUAAGCCACUUUUGCAAUGGGUGCAUAACCUUGAUAAUCCAUGCUUUAUCACUUUCUUUAGGUUGUCCGAGCUCAGGAUGAACGCGAAAAAUGAUAAGUUUAAGUGGGCAACAAAUUUAGGCUCUUGCAUUUUCUUGGGAUCAUUUUGGAACAGUGAGUUUAGGCUUUUCACUUAUGGACCAAAAAGCAGCAGCAAAUGUUUUUCUUCUGAAAUUGCCAAAUUCUGUGGCUCUUUGUAUGCCUGGGGUCUCCCUUCUGAAUUCUCACUGUCGGGAAAUGAUACCCACUGUGCAGACUGUUUAGUGAGAGACGAGUUCUCAAAGGAAGCUCUUCCCCGUUGGAUUGAUUGGAGACAAAAGAGGGGAUUAGUCAUGGGGUUCAGCAUUCUUGAUGGAGAUCCAUGGGCUCAGACGCCAAAAGCAGACAGUUUUGGUGGAUUUUUGCUAAUUAGGUUAAUGUCCUCUGGGAAACUAGAAGCAAUGAGAUAUCAAGCCGUCUGGGAAUUUGAUCAAAAUAAUGAUCAACCUCACCUUAAGCCUUUAUGUGGUUCUCAAGCUGACCUUUUGUACGAUGCAGUGGAAGCAAAGGACAACUAUCAAAAGAAUACCGGAUACCUGAUGCUUGAACACCUUGGGGGAUAUUUGAAAGGUGAUUUGGAUGAAGUCCUUGUUGAGAAAAUGAAGAAGUUCAAUGCGAUUGACUUGCAAAGGGCAUCAAAAAAUGAGAUUAAUAGGAUGAUGGAGUCUGGUGAGUCCUCUGAAUUUGUACCAUUGUCUAGGAUCAUUGACGUCUUAAACGAUGUAAAUUUGCCAACAAGUGUGCAUGAAAUUUCCCUAAGGAGUGUUUGGGAUGGGAUGCCAAAAUAUCUACUUCAUUUGGCUUUACCUUGCCACACAGAAAAUCCUGAACUUUCGAACGAAUUUGGUUGUUCUGGUAACCAGCCCGGACUUCCAUUUGAGAUGAACAAAUUUCAGGGUUCAAAUGCCUUCGUGCCCGUUCAUUUUCUACUUACACUUCACAAGGUUUUCAUGGAGGAAGUUGCUCCAACUAGAAGGUCAACGGAGGAAGAAACAAGUAUACGCUCUGCAGAUGAUGAACUCAAACUUCAGUGUAAUAGAGUGAUGGAAGCAGCUCAUGAACUAUCUAGCUCAAAUUCUGAAACAGACUCUCAGCUUCAGAGACCUGUCUCCCUUGCUGAUGAUAACGAUGACUUUCUUGUCGAUGACAGAACUGUAAGAAAGUUCGGCUGUCAUGAACCAGUAGCGUUAUUGGACGAAGUUCCCGGGGUGGAUCAUAAUCCUCUGGGACAAUCUGAAACUGGGAAGAAGAAGUUUACAGCCUUUGAAAAUUUUGGAACUGGGAAUAACAGAUUUUCCAACUUCCUUUUCCAAAAGCGCCAACUGGACCUUGAUAUCAGUCCGGGUAUGGUAGACCAAGAGCUGUUCAAUGUUGGGUGUCCCAUAGAGUUGAAGUUUAAAGACGAAGGUCUAUCUUUCAGCUCGAAAGAACUGAAGCUAUUCCGAACGUUAAAGAAACAAGAAUUAGAUUUCCAGAAAGGAUUUCGACCUUAUCAGGAAUAUCUCGCUAACACUAGCUUAGGAAAACAACAGUAG